AAAGUUCCUUACCAGUUGUUCCGGUUACUGUAUUUCACUACUCUCGCCUUUCUGUCUCUUUUCUUUUCUUCCUUCUUUUCUUUAGGACCCAUUAAGGAAUAAUGAUUUUUCUUCAAAAAUAAGUUGAUUUGGAGCUCUUGUCUCCUGAGGCCAUCUUGUGAAUCUUGCUAUUGGCAGAAAUGGGUUUGUGGGAAGUUGUUCGACGAAGAAAAUCUGAGACGGGUUUUCUUGAUAUGUUGCAGGAAUUAACAGAUAUUUCUUUCUUCUCAAAUUUAGGGUUUUAGAAGGAUUUGAAAGUUCACAUUUUGAGUCGGUAUGAGUUAAGGGAGAAAUUUAGAAAUGGCGUUGGCAAGCAGAACAAGACAUAUGCUUGAGGCUUUGGUAAGAGAAGGAUCAUUAAAUUGGUUACUUAGCAGGCGAAGCUCCUUUGCUGAGGAAUUUGAGGAGCUGGAGAGGUCUCCAUCUGCUGGAAACAAUUGGAUACCUGAGCUCUCUCCCGCUGCAAAUAUAGUUGUGCGCAGGUGCUCAAGAAUACUUGAAACCUCUUCUAGUGAGCUUCAAGAAAGCUUUAACGCUGAGGCAUCUGAUUCUAUAAAGCAUAAGUCACGGUAUGCGAGGAACUUCUUGGAAUACUGCUGCUUCAGGGCUCUUGCUCUGUCCACUCAAGGAAUGGGUCAUCUGGCUGAUAAAAAGUUUCGACGCCUUACAUUUGACAUGAUGGUGGCCUGGGAAGCCCCAGCAGCCGCCGGCCAAUCUCUAAUUAAUUUAGAUGAUGAUCUGUCCAUCGGGAUAGAGGCUUUCUCUCGAAUAGCUCCUGCAGUUCCAAUCAUUGCCAAUGUGAUUAUUUGUGAAAAUCUUUUUGAGGUUCUUACCAUCUCAACAGGUGGUCGGGUUCAUUUCUCUAUCUAUGAGAAGUACCUAAACGGACUGGAGAGAGUGAUUAAAAAGAUGAAGAACCAAUCAGAAUCAUCUCUUUUGUCUGCUGUUCGAUCAACUAGAGGAGAAAAGAUACUUGAGGUGGAUGGAACAGUCACUACUCAACCAGUUCUUGAACAUGUCGGAAUAUCAACAUGGCCAGGUCGAUUAAUACUGACUGAUCAUGCGUUGUACUUUGAAGCCCUUCGAGUUGUAUCUUAUGACAAACCCAAAAGAUAUGAUUUAUCAGAUGAUCUAAACCAAACUGUUAAACCUGAGUUGACUGGACCAUGGGGUACUCGACUUUUUGACAAGGCAGUCUUGUACAAAUCAAUUUCCUUAUCAGAACCAGCUAUUAUAGAGUUUCCUGAACUUAAAGGGCACACUCGACGUGAUUACUGGCUAGCAGUAAUCCGGGAAAUUUUAUAUGUUCAUAGAUUUAUAAAUAAGUUCCAUAUUACUGGAAUUGAAAAGGAUGAUGCACUUUCUAAAGCUAUUCUUGGAAUUUUGCGUGUGCAAGCCAUCCAGGAAAUUAGUUCCUCAAGUACGGUUUGCUUUGAGUCUCUUCUCAUGUUUAACCUCUGUGAUCAAUUACCUGGGGGAGAUUUAAUACUAGAGACUCUUGCAAACAUGUCAAGUUCAAGGGGACUAAACUGGGGUAACAAUAUUGUGGCUAGUGGUGGCAUGUACUCAAUCUCAGCCUUGACCACGGUUUCGAACUUAGGUGUUAUGUUUGGUUCAAGUUCAAAUAACCCUAGUGAGGCUGGACUACUUGUGGGUGAACUGGCUGUGGGCGAAAUGAGUUCAUUGGAGAGAGCAGUUAAAGAAUCUAGAGAAAACUAUAAAAAAGUGGUGCUAGCUCAAGAAACAGUAAAUGGGGUUAAAGCAGAUGGUAUUGACACCAAUUUAGCUGUUAUGAAGGAGUUGCUUCUUCCAGUGAUGGAAGUUGGGAACUGGCUUCUGUCGCUGGUAUAUUGGGAUGAUCCUCUAAAGUCUUUGCUAUUCUCUUUGAUUUCCACGUUCAUUAUUUUCAGGGGAUGGCUGGGUUAUACCUUGGCAUUGACUCUAGUCCUUAUUGCAAUCUUUAUGGUUGUUACGAGAUUUUGCAACCAAGGCAGGCCUUUGGUUGAACUCAAGGUAAUGGCACCUCCUCCUAUGAACACAAUGGAACAGCUUUUGGCUGUUCAGAACGCAAUAUCUCAAGCUGAACAGCUUGUCCAGGAUGGAAACAUUGUUCUUCUCAAGUUUCGUGCCUUGCUGCUCUCCAUUUUCCCACAGGCAAGCGAUAGAUUUGCAGCUCUGCUGGUGUUUAUGGCAUUGAUUCUGGCGUUGGUGCCUAGUAAAUACAUGCUUCUGGUGGUGUUUUUGGAGACAUUUACGAGGUAUUCGCCUCUUAGGAAGGCGAGCACGGAAAGAUGGAUGAGGAGACUCAGAGAAUGGUGGUUCAGCAUCCCAGCAGCUCCGGUGGUACUUGAAACUCAAAGACAGAAAGAAAAGGAUGCUAAGAAGAGAAAGUGAUUAGUUUUUACUGUACAUAAUAACUGUUUUCCUAUGUAAAUAUAAUGAUUUACAUGUAUCCACAAUUCCACAUCUACAUCUCAAAAUUGGAGAAUACUAUUAAAAUAAUUUAAAUUGGAACUACUCAAAAGAUUAAUAAACAAUUCUUUUAAUUUUAAACA